CUUUUCUUUUUUUUUUUUUUUUUCCCAAUGGAGCUGAUGCAGACCGUGCUCGAGUGGCUUCGGCUUCCCCGCAGCGUCGCCGACGGCUCAAUCGAGUGGUGCUCGUCCGCCGCCAUCCCAGGCAUCCUCCUCUGGUCCCUGGGCGCCUGGCACGUCCUCCGCUUCCUCAAGCGCUCCAUCAUUGGUCCCCGCGGCAUCCGCGUCCGUAGCUCGCUCUUCCUCAUCACUGGCGCCUCGAGCGGUAUUGGCGAAGCACUGGCGCGUGAUUUGGUCGCCCGCGGUGCGCGCGUUAUUCUGGUCGCACGAAACGCGACGCUGCUUGGCAAGGUUGCCAGCGAAAUGAAUGCGCAGCACGGUGCUGGGCAAGUUGUAGCGCACACGAUUGCUGCCGAUUGCUCCAACCCUGCGGACGUCGAUCGCCUCGUGAACACUUGCAUUACGACGAUUGGCGUUCCCGAAGCCAUUGUCAACUGCGCUGGAGCUGGUCGCUGGCGCUAUCUGCAUGAAAUGUCUGCCGAGGAAGUGAAAGGCUGCAUGGAUGCCCCGUACUUUGCCGCAGCGCUCGUGACUCGCGGGUUCCUGCCAGUGUUCUUGGAGCGCAAUGCUGGCACGUUCGUCAACAUCCAGUCGCCUGCAGGCUACGCGCCAUGGAGUGGCUCGACCGGCUAUGCCUGCACGCGCUUUGCGCUGCGUGGGCUCUGUGAGGCCUUGCGCGCAGACCUCCACAACACUGGCAUCAAUGUGCAAGAAGUCAUUCUGGCGGAGACUGCCUCCAACUACUUUUCCACCAACGACAACUCGCUCGAGCGCAUCCCCAAGAUUGCCGCGCUGUUUGGCGUGCUGACUGUGACCGACGCGGCAGGCUAUGUUGUCCGUGCCAUCUUGUCCGGCGAGCCGGUGACGUGCUACAACUGGCGCCUUGCUGCCGCCAUGUACGUGCACAGCUGGGCACCCGGGCUCAUCAAUGCAAGCAUCCGCCUGACUGGCUGGUCGAUCCACAAGGCGCCCAAGGUUGCCGUUCCCCCGAUCGCCAACAAGAAGACCAACUAGAAGAAAGAAGGAGGUUUGUUGUGCUGCUUGUUUGCUGUUUGUUGCUUCUACUGCUGCUACAACUGCAAUAAUACUGUACGAUGUCUCUUUUUGUUUAUUUUUCCCAAUGCAAAUCGAACUUUGUCCCAA